GUGACCAAACACGAUGACGUCUGGCUUCGAUACAAGAGAAAGGAAUCAACAAGGAGAGCACGAGCUGGCAUUUGGAAGCGCUAUCGCUUCUGUCAGUGAAACCGACAUUUAACUGAGCCUCUAAUGUUUGCUCACCGUCGUGACGGUAGAAGAAGAGGAGCUUGACAGCAGCAGCUUCGGAGAGCGUCAUUUUUAAGUCAGACCAACCAGCAGUACAGGUGGACCCGGCUCUUGUGGCAUGACUACCACAAACAAGGGAAACAAGGCCUUGAAGGUGAAGCGGGAGCCAGGGGAAAAUGGCACCAGCCUGACAGACGACGAGCUGGUGACCAUGUCAGUCCGGGAGCUGAACCAGCAUUUACGAGGCCUGACGAAGGAGGAAAUCCUUCAGCUGAAGCAGCGGCGGCGUACCCUGAAGAACCGGGGCUAUGCUGCCAGCUGCCGGGUGAAGCGUGUCACCCAGAAAGAGGAGCUGGAGAAGCAAAAGGCUCAGCUGCAGCAGGAAGUGGACAAGCUGGCCACAGAGAAUGCCAGCAUGAAGGUGGAGCUGGACGCUCUGCGUUCAAAGUAUGAGGCCCUGCAGAGCUUUGCCAGGACUGUGGCCCGCAACCCCGUCACCUCAGCCAGGGGACCCAUGGCGUCUGUCAUAGGGCCCCUCAUCCCUGGUAAAGUAGGUGCCACCAGCGUCAUCACCAUCGUCAAAUCCAAAACGGAGGCUCGAUCGUAGUAGCAGAAAGGGGCGGGAGGAAGAUUUUCAAGACUAAACUAGUCAGUGCAUUGUAACAUGGCGCAUGCAGGAUUACCUGUGUAAGUUCUCAGUUUUAACCCUUGUCACUAACACUAACAAUAUGCUUCCCAAAUUCACUCUCAAAGUAUGACUCAGCAGUCUGCACCUGUCAGCAGACAUAUUGUGCUUUAGGGUGACACAAUCAAAUUGUACGCAGUCGGUGACUGAAGAAUGGCGACCUAUUGGCAAUACUGAAAUGUUUCAUUUAAAAAGCAGAUUGUAGGUACAAAUAUUCAAGAAGGCAAUAUUUGGUGUUAAAAAGUACAAAGUGGCAUCAAGUUCAGACUGUUAACAGCUUGUUGGUUUUUGAUAGGGGACAGUAUGUGUUGUCUGUUUCCUUAAGACUGAGCACUGAGAUUUUUCCGUCCUAAGAAUUGGCAUUUUUAAAGUCUCCAAAACAACCAGUGUGAUAAUAAAUUACAGACAUUACUCCAACAUAAGCCGAAGAAAGAGCCAGCACAUAUCUCACUAUGAAUCCCUUUUUGCUUGUUAUUAUGCACUGACUUAAAAUGGGAUGAAUAACAAAUGGUCACAAACUUUUGGUGUGGAUGCUACAGAUGUCUUCAAAACAGCCUGACUAACCCAAAACUAGUAAAUUAGUCCCAAUUUGUGAUUUUGUUGGUCGUCUGUCAAGAAUAUAAGCAUGAAAUAAUGCUCUCAAAAUCCAGCAUUCAUUUCUGUUUAUGCAUCUGUGACAGGCUUGAAUGAACUUGUCAUUAUCAAUAUGACUGGUAGAUGCAAUAAUAUAUGUAUGCACUGAAAAUACAAAGAGGUCUUGCAUAUUUAUGGUUAAGUGGAAACGUUAAAAAUGAUCAGCAGUUCUUAAUGAUAUUGUUCCAGAGCGGAGUGCCAUUCCAAUAUGACAAGUUUCUUCUACAAUAUCUGAAAACCUGAAUGUUUUAACAGUAAUAUCCUCGUGUUUUGUGGGGACAGUGAAAUCCACAAACAUUUUGAAACAUAAUUUUUGCUCAUAGAGAAAAUAUGUUCAAGUUGUUUUGUUUAAAAGAUAUAUAUUGCAUUUUUUGUAAUUACUUGUUGACAGGGCCGUCAGAUAUUUCCAAAAGAAAAAUCUUUACACAAGCUUUACUGUUUGAAUUGUUAAGGUGUAGAAAACUUUGUCUAAUGUUGAGUUCUUGGUUUUUAUUACUAGGUAGAUUACCUUCCAUUGUUUAUAGAAAUACAGAUAAAGAAAAUGUAAAAAAAAAAAAUCCUGUGACAUCUUUUUUGCAAUUGUACCGAAAGUGGCUUACUAUUGAAGUCUGAUAGCUUUUUUCUAGUGACUAGGCGCGUACUGUGGGGUAGCGCGUGAUGUGAUGUGUAAGUGACAAGUUGGCAGUGUCGUUCACUGUAUAGAUGUCAAUGCUGUGCUAUUUAAAACAAAUCUGUAGAGCUAAACUAGGUGGUGUAAACAAGGUCAAUUGUCUUUGUGCGUAUUGGCAUCUGUGAUAUCCUCCGCUUCCUUGGUGUUAGUUACAAAUCAUAUCGUCAUUAAGAGUUUACCACAUUUGAGCCAUGUAAGACAGAAUUGGGUGAAACGGCAUUAGUGAACAUUAACUCAAAAGACUUUUACCUGAAGCUCAAAAGUGAUACUGUCACUUGGAAAAAAAAAACUGAAUAAUGGUUUCGCCUGGUGCUGGAUGCCCUCUAAAUACAUCCUCUUUAACCUCAAAGUAAAUGACUUCUUCAUUGUUGGGGGAAAUUUCAUUAUCCUAUUCAUUCCAGCCACCUAAUUGGUAUGAAUUAAAUCGCAGGAAUAGAAAUUAAUAGCCCAUCAAAUUUCGCUUUUGACAGGCUAAAUGUAACGUGAAGUUAGCAGUUUUGUAGUUUACCUGUGGACGUGUUUUUUUUUUUUUUUUUUUUCUUCUUCCCUCUCCUCCAAAUGCUGUUGAAAAAUCAAUAAGAAGAUUGCAUCAGUUGAAAAUUAACAGCCAAAUGGUGCAGCAUCACUUGUGUAAAUUUAUCCACUGGUCUUCAGAUUGUCAGAUUAAAAAGCGGUAGGGUUUGUAUGCACUAAGCUCCUGCUUGUUUUGCUCAGGACAAAACAGGUCACUCGAAAAAUGAACAAACCAUUCUAAAUAAGAAGGGAAAGGGAGGCAAGGAUGGCAGCUCUGUUCAUUUUUUUGUCUCCUUUUUUUUUUAUAAUAAGCAUGUCAUAAAGGGCUUCAAUCCACACUCGGAACGAGACACAGCACGACCACGUAGAAUUACAAUCAACAGCAGCUGCCAGCAGCGCUCCUUCUGUGCCAAGUGUCGCGUCACUCUCCUGCUCCUCUAAAAGGAAUUUAAAAGUGAAGGAGUUUUUACACCUCAAGGUGAAAGCAGUCGUGCAAUGACAUUAAAACAGAAUGCACUUCAUCCAGAUCUCACUCUCCUGCUGGUCAGAAUGUCUUAUGGUGUCGGCAAGUUGUUAAUCUUAACAGUCACUCUCAAAACUCCGUGCCAGACCUGGGUGCUGGUUAUACUGUCUGUGCGCAAGUAUCCUAUCCUCACUUUGUCAACAUGCUUAGCUAUCUACAUUGACUGGUUAACUGUGGGAAAAUAUAUAUCUGACUCUUGACAUAGCCCAGUAUUGAUGUUGGCGUCCUUAUUGCUGUGGCAAGUCUUGUGGAGUGAAUCUUUUUUCGUGUCAAGUGUCUUUAAAGGUGUUCGAGUGGCACCGUCGACCAAUCCUCUCAAUCUCCGCUAGAGAAUGACGAGUCUCUCUCUCUCUCUCUCUCACACACACACACAUACAGGUGUAUAAUAUGUAGCUACAGUAGGUAUUAAUGACCAUUGUGAAAAAGUGACCCUUAAUAUGCAACUCAGUGGAAAGGUGUGAAAGAGUAGAUGUAAGAGUAAUCAAUAUUGUCAAAGUGACUAUGGUCUGUUAUUUAAUAAUUCUUGCUGUUUUGUAGUUUUCUUUUGUAAAACGUGUUUUCAUUUUGCCCUCACAUUUUUGAAAUCCCUAAACGGAAGAAGCAAUUGGCCCUUGUUUAUGGUAGCUAGCAGGUUAAAACCGUAAUAGCGUGCAGCGUUUUUUUAAAAAGAAUCAUGGAACAGUUGCACUUAAGCCUUACUCACUAAUUACUCUGGUCUUUUUAAACUAGCUGAAUUACAGGAUCCAUAAAUUGGACUUGGAUAUCUGACUGAAAGAUAUUGCUAUUAAUUAAAUGUUGGUGCACUGAGUGAAAUGGAUGCUACAGUAGAUUCUGUCACAAGGGCCACUUGCAAUAUUUUCCUUUCUUUGGUAUGCGUGUGUGUGUGUGCGUGUGUUUUGUACGUUUGAGGUUCCUCUGCUGCUACACCAGUCAUUAAUGCUCAUUGUUUGCUGUAGCAUCAUCCACAGCAUUUCUGUUUCUCAUUAUGUGUUGAGUGUGUAUUUGAAAUUGAUCUUAACACUGUAAUUUGUUCUGCAGAUUUCCUUUUUAAUUCGUUAUGGCUUUUUUUAUUUUCUUGUUUUUUUUGUGUUGUUUUUUUUUUUUUUUUUUUACAAACAACAUGUUAGAGAGGAUAAAUAACAGCACUUGUGUGGCAGUUGAAUUUAAUAGCUCUCAAGACAUUGGCUUUUUUUUUUUUUUCUCAUGAAAUUAUGCUUUGUAUACAGUUGACUGUGCAGGUUUUUUCCUCUUACUCCAUGGAGUUGGGUCUGUGUUUCAAAGGUAUGAAAAUCUGACUAAAGCGAGUAAUACAAAGUUAAUAAUCUGUUUUGUUAUUUUUCUGUAUGGGUUGUAAUAAAAUAUUGCAGUACUUUGUAUGAAAACAGACAAUAGUUAAUUGUAACUAUUUAUAAAUUAAAUUAUUGUACUUUUUGCAAUCUGUAGAUAAGUACUAUGUAUUCAUAUAUACAGUAACAACUGUGGAUUUAAACGUGAUUCUCUGAGGUGUCUAAGUUAUUGAUGUAUAUAUUGUAUGUUUGUUGAUACAGCUUACUUUAUUUUCUAUAAGACCAAUAAAAAUGUUUUGAAAAAGGA